GCGGCUAGAUCAAAGGGAGCUCGCUGAAAACAUCUAAUUCUAGCGCAUAACAAGAAUGUUAGGGGCGACAGCGCAGGGGCCAGACCCGAGCUUUGUUCUUGGCAAAGAGAGCGAAUGCAUGUCGGUGUAGCAGGCAUAAUUUAAUCUGCUCUCAGAACUUAUUGAUAGGCGCUUGUUGAUGUUUAUAUGUGCAAAUGUGGCCAUUAGCAUUGGAUAUACAGAAAAAAACGCUGAAGAAACGAGCAUGGAUAACACAUAGGAAUGGUGCUUGACCGAGAGACGAGACGCUCACAACCAGCCGUGCAUGUGACUGCAGACAGCCCAGAGCAUCCCUGGUCUUUGAUUGAUCCAGUUCACUUUUAUCUUGCAAUAAGAGGAGGCAAACUUUACGUUCAGACGAGAAUAACACAGCACAGUUUAGUUGCUAUACUGCUACAUGACGAAUGACUAACCCCAGCCGUAACGGCGCUUUUCAUUGGUCGCCGGUACAGAGAGCGCGGCGUUGAUUGGUCUCUAUUUGCUAGCCUUUACGUAGUAUUCAUGGCGGAUUCAAAACGUGUGUUGAGAGUCGUUAAUAUCCUGUGCGAAAAUUAGAUCGCAGUGGAGAACUUUUGACCAUGCCGCAUAUGAGUUCAGGCGGCUCAGAGGAUUUUUACUCGAAAGAUGAGGUCAAAGUAUAUAAAGAUGAGGGUGAAGAGGAAAAAAGGUCAUCGGAAAACCUCUCGGAGGAAAAGUUGGGUUUAGUCACCGAAUCCGAAGAGGGGAAAAAUGGCAGUUUACCGGGGAAUUACUCUGGCAGUGAGAAGAGUGGGACAACACGACCAGAGGAUGACAAGUCAGCAGCUCAGCCCCCUGGCCUGGAACAAGGGUCCCUUGGGUUCAUUAUGCCUCCCUAUUAUACUAACGGUGCUUCGAUGGGCUGUAGCAAAAUAGGAAUGGUGCAGCCUCCGUACCCGUACUUCGGCUCGCCACCACCCGCACACAUGGGCAUACCGCCCGUCCACACGGACCCCAAAACAGGGUUGCCACGACCACCAAUGUACGCGACAUAUCCCGCACCUCCGGGGCAGUUUCCUCAUCACCUUUACCCAGAGUUCUCGCAAGUGCAAUGGCAUCGGCCAGCAGGGUACCCAAUCUCUUCAGGCGGAUUCUCAGGCUCUUAUCCACCUUUAAUCAACUCAAUAUCACGGCUGGGACCCCCAGGGAUCCUGCCGCACCCCGGUCUGCCUCACCCUGGCAUGCCACCCCACCCGAUCAUGAGUCCGGGACCAAAACAGGAGAUGAUGGGGGCACAAACGAUGGGCGUUGACAAUCACAGGCCCACGUUAAGUUCGAACCCUGGUGAGGAGAGUUCUGGCAGUAAUAGCCGAAGUGGGGAAAAUACCCAGAAGAAAAAGCCCUAUGUUAAGAAACCUCUAAAUGCGUUCAUGUUGUAUAUGAAAGAAAUGCGAGCAAAGGUUAUCGCAGACUGUACGCUGAAAGAAUCGGCAGCUAUUAAUCAGAUAUUAGGGAAGAAGUGGCAUGCGUUAGACCGGGGUGAACAGUCCAAAUACUACGACAUGGCACGGAAAGAGAAGGAACUUCAUCUGCAGCUGUACCCGGGGUGGUCAGCCAGAGAUAAUUACGCGUCACAUGCUAAGAAAAAGAAAAGGAAAAAAGACGGCCCUGGUGAAAAUAAAGUUUAUGUUUCAGAAUGUACACACGCGAAGAAGUGCCGCGCACGGUUCGGGAUGGAACAACAGACUCAGUGGUGCAAGCCCUGCAGGAGGAAGAAGAGAUGUGUUCGUUUCCUGCGUGGGGAGGGGGAAGACGGGGGAACCUCGGAUGAAGAAUUGGAUGACGACUUGUGCAAUGACAGUUAUGCUGAGUCGGGGAGAUCUGGCGUGGACAGUGACUGUAACCUGGAAAGUCCACUGCCAGGCCCUCAAAGUGACAGCUUUCAUUUGAAACCCUCGGAGAAGUGCCAUAACUCUCGGCACCUGUCCUCACCCUUUGGCCCAGGUAGUGGUGAUGCCCUGGAUGUAGACCUGGAUGACGCGGAGAAAGCUCUUAGCUUUCACGCUGAGUCCAAGCUGUGUAUGGAUCUCCCACAGACACCACCCUCCGUGCCCACAUCCUGACGCCUGGACUGAUGGAGGGAUGGACGGGCCCACCUGGUGGCGGGGACAGGUGUUUCCUUGCUCCCACAACAGGGCAGCAGCAACAGCAGCAGCAGCAGCAGCUGGGUGUGUGUAGCAUAAUACAGUCUACGUGAGCUUGUGGAUCUUGCAGGAAUACACCCGAUUGACUGACUCUUUGCCUGAUGUGUGACUGUCUGCACCUGAUUGGGUGACCGUGCUAUUUAGACUGGCUGUGUAAAGGCCGAGUCCAGCAGAGACUCUAGCUGCUACUUGUGAUGCUCGGAGAGUGAUUAUUUUUGUAUAGCGUGGAUAUCACUGAGACCAGAUUGUGACAUUGCUGGCACUGACCGAGCACUUGAUCCCGAACAAACAUCUUCAUCUGAGUAUCGAUCAAGUCAUUGUGAAUGAAGAAGAGUGAGAUGGACACUCGAUCUGUAUGUGCCAGAGUUGUGUGUGCUGAGAGACUGCAGCAAGAGGCUCACACCAUCUUAGCAUUACUACAUAAUACAUGUGUACCACUGCGAGUGUCGCUGGCUCCCCGACAGGGCGGCCUACUGCAGGCGACAGCCACCAUGUGCCUGGACCUAGAUUGGUGGUAGCACCACUGGUAUGACCAGACUUGUGUAUCUCGUAUGUUCUAUGUGAUCUCUGUUUCUAGGUAUUGACAAAUACUAGUAGUAACUUCAAGUACACUCUAAGUGUCCAUUUGUACCACAUGGGGGGAGGGGCAUGCGCUGCCGUCGCACUGAGUAGGUCUUUGUUUAUCAUGUGCCGAGGCUGGGGGGAGGUAGUUCAGGGAUUGAAGGUC